GGGACCUCUAGCUGGCCGUCAUAAAUUGUUGUGUUUUCAUCUUGUCAUUUUUCUAUAUACUCUUCCUACUUUCUUUUUGCCUAACAGUGCUUCUAUACGUUCUAGUUAGCGGUUGUGUACUCUUUCCAAAAAAUUUAGUCUUCAAGCCUAGGUCAUUUAUUCUAAACUUCACAAGUGCAAAUGGCCAUUUACCUGUUCAAAAAAUGGAAGGCGACAAAGGAAAACCCGUCAACCCCAUCAGGUCCCUCCACAAAACCAGAAUCUUCAAAACCUUGCAAACAUAGAAAUAACGUCCUAGGACUCACGUCAGAAGAGCAAGACUCAGCAAUCCCUCUAGAAUCUCAAGCAAGAAAUGUCGAAGGUAAAGAAGGUACCCAAAACGAAUCACAGAUAGGCAUAUCUUAUGAUGGACCAAGUACUCUUUGUGAACAAGACAAAAAAGCAUUAAGUAGGUAUAGGUGGAGGUUAACUGCUGGACUGAUGUUACCAUAUAUGGUUCAAGGACUAGAUCUUACCAUUAUUGCUGGUGCUUUACCUUUCAUUGCUUCGGAUUUCAGUAAGUUUUUGACUCUUUAUUUUCUUCAGCAUUCACCACAGCUAAUGGCUUUCAAGAUCAGCUAUCGCAACUGAAUUGGAUUAUCUCCGCGUUCAAUCUAAGGGCAACGACUUUCAUACCCGCUUGGGGCCAACUCGCUGACAUCUUUGGCCGGUAUGCAGCUCUCCAAGCAGCCUUGAUUCUUACUUUAAUUGGAAGUGCUCUCUGUGCUGGGGCACCAGUAACUGCUUUUACCAUGUUGCUUUUCGGUCGAGUUCUCCAAGGAUUAGGUUGUUCCGGACUCUUAAUAUUGACCAAAGUUCUCCUUGCUGAUAAAGUCUCACUCAAAGAAAAUGCUAAGAACAAUAGCUUAUUUGCUGUUGUCGGUGGCCUUGCUUAUGGAUUUGGACCUGUUAUCGGAGGAUAUCUGACUCAAGUUUCCUGGCGAUGGUGCUUCAUAAUUAAUAUCCCUAUUGCGCUAGUGGGCAUGAUUGGUGCACAUUUUCUUCUUCGACCAAUAUUGCUCGGGCCUCAAACAAUCAGACGAACUUAAGAUGGUACUGAAAUGUAAGGGCCUCAGGCAUUCUUGAGGAGACUUUCAACACUUGACUUUGGAGGACAAUUCCUAUUUCUCUUCGGGAUGGGCCUUUUUAUUCUUGCCAUUACCUGGGUGGAGCAUACUACCCCUAGUCGGAUGUCAAGGUGAUCGUUCCUCUCGUCCUAGGUUCUAUUCUCCUCAUACUAUUUCUCGUCUGGGAAUACCUCAUGAUGCC